GGUUGUCACAGCGGCCAGCGAUCGCUGCAGUGCAGUAGCCAACCAGCAACCAGCUAGCUAACGCGUCUACUCGGAGAAAUAUGGAUGAAAUAAUGAUACGAGUCAAAGGCUGUCUGACUGACCCCCUCUGCAUGGGCCCAUAAACAUGUCCACAGAUGACAGUAUCUCUGAGGAUGUGUCCAGCUCGGGGGCUUUGAGCCAUUGCCAUGUCAGUGCUGACGGGGAUGUGGGUAAGGAGAGUGAGACCUCUUUGGUGUCCUCCGAAGGGACGUCAGCCUCCGGGCUGGCCGUCUCAGAGGACAGACACACAGCCUCCCAGAAAACAGGAGGCGCCGUGGAGAGCAGGCCCAUGGACAUCACACCAGCGUGCAACAAGAUCAGGAGUCUGUGUCUGAGCACAGAUGAAGCAUUUGAACAAGGGAAGAACCUCCCAUUCAUCAACCCAAGCUCCCUUGAGACGCUUAGGGCUUUGGUGCAGGAGAUCCAGAGCAGUGGAGAGACAGACCCCGAGCUCUGGAAAGAUUGUGAGGGCCGAUGGCUACAUCUGUUUCAGCUGGUUGAGAAGCAAUACCAAGAGCAAAUACUCGCUCAGCAAGAACAAUACCAGUGCCAAAUACAGUUGAUUCAGGAUGAAAUUAAGGCCCUGGUUCAGCUCCAGUACCGCCAGGCCAGCGUCCAGCCACACACAGAGUUCUCUCCAACGCCGCUGACCAAAACUACUACUGACACAAAGGACUAUAUCUUCCCCCUCAUCUCCAGUGACUGCACAGUCCCCAAAAAUGUGCCCUGUGACAAUGACAGCCUGGCAGCCCCUGCCCAUACCCCUUUUAGCUCCCCUUCACCUCCGCUCCACAGAUCAGAAACCGCCAUGCAUGGGGAGGAGCGGGCGACUACAGUGCUCAGCAGUGGAUACGGGACUCUGUCUGCUUGGGAAACAGGUCUGGAACCUGCUGGGUCUCCGGGGGAUGAUGAGGAAGGUAGUCAAGGGAGGGAGAAGCAUCACUGGUCCCCUAACUUCCAGGAAGCCACACAGACAACUGUGAUUGGACGCCAGCAGGAUUUUUCCAACGAGAGGGCUCCUGGAGUGGAGGAACUUAACCCAUUAGUCUACCAGCAGAGAACUUCUGGCACCAGCCAGCCUUUGACCUCCUGGGCCCAGAGGCAGAAACUCAGGCCCAAGAAGAGCAAAGCAGGACAAGCUGCGUCCCAAAUCCCAGAGUUCCAGGAGCUGCCACGCAGCCCCAGAAAACCCAACAGACAAAACCCCCUGGAGAGCACAGACUCCCAGGACCAGUUUCAGCAUCGACCGGCUGGGCCAUCGUCCAGCUCUUUGCCCCUGAGGAGGAGUGACAGCCUCAUGUCUGAGGCAUCAGGCCUCACUUACUGGCGUCUGAAUGAGAGUGAACUGUAUCGGCCGUUACCGGACAGCUUUGACAGCGGCGCUUACCUCCUUCUGCAAGAGGCAUCCAUGAGUCUUACUCCAUCCCAGGAGUCUCAGCUGUCCCUCAGAGAGAUCUAUCAGAACAAGCAAAGAACAGACUCUAAACGCUCCGACUGGGAAGGCUCCGUGACUUCCAGCCCUUCGUCUCCACAGGUGUUGACCUUGGACCCAGCAGUGAACAUGCGGCAGUCAGAUCGCACCUCUGGCUUCACUUCUCCCUCUCACUUCAGCAGCCCUUCGUUUGCCACUCAGCCCAACCUCUACCCCAGAGUCGGGACCCCUGUAACCCCUGACAGCAUGGUGGAGUGCAGUCCCAACCCCGGAGACACAGACUGUAACUCGGACGCCUCCAGUGUUUCAGUUGCCGGACCUUCCCCCUCUAAGGUGCAAAGCUUGUGGGGAAGCACAUCCCGGGAUAAGACCCAGCCCGGCUCUCACUCAGCCAGCCAGCAACGCAGAGCCAGUGCCCCCCUAGCUAGUGAGGAAGAGGGAAGUCACACCCACACCAGCACCCUGAAGCCUUGUUCAGCCUCUGGUGCUGCUCUGCGGCCUGCAGUCAGUCCACACAUGGAGAGAGCUUCAUCACUAGAGGAUCCUGUCGUCCUUUCUCUACUGCGGCAGAACCUGAGAGAGAAGCACUCUCGACACGUGGCUGAUCUGAAAGCAUAUUAUGAGUCUGAGAUCCAAAUCCUGAGGGACAAACUCAAACUCAGAGACCCGCCCCAGGAUUUAGAGAAGAGCAACCAGGCCCUCGCAGAGAGGUGCAAACGUCUGGAAAAAGCUCUGGCUGAGGCCACCGGUCGUAUUCAAGAACUAGAGGCAACAAACAGCUCACUGGAGAAAAAACUGGCAGAAUGGCCGGAGCGGUACGCUGUAGCGGGCGCCACUGUGAAAUCUUUGCAGCAGCGACUGGAGGAAAGCAAGCGCUCCGGCAAAGAGAAGGACGCGCUGGCGGCGCGUUUGAAGACCCGCGUGCGGCAGCUGGAGGAGGCGGCGCAGAAAGCCUGCAGGGAGGCGGACGACAGGGAGGCCAGGAGGGAGAGAGAGUACAAGAUGCUGCAGGAUCUGCUUGGAGAGUAUGACUCCCUGAUGAAGGAGCAUGAGGGAGCAAAGAACAACCUGGUGUCGGCAGAGAACAAGCUUGUUGACGCCACCGAUCAGAUAUCUGAGCUGAAGAGAGGGAUCUCCAAACUGGAGUCUCAGGUGAAGCAGCUGGAGCAUGAGAACCAGGCCAGGACCCGUUAUGCUUCCCACAGUAACGCACAACCCUCUGGGGCUGGUCUUUUCCACCAUCCUGACCUGCUGCUGUCACCCAGUAAAUGCAAGGCAGAGCCAGACGUCACCCGCAGGAAGUCACCCUGUCCUCUGUCUGACCAGCUGAACGGCGGCAGAAAAUCCCAGUUCCCUCAAACUAACCAAUCAAGUAUCCACAAGAAGUCACUGUAUACAUCAAAUGAUCGAUCGUCAGGACCUGGGAGCUCUGUGGACUCCUCUUCAGGUGGUGGGAGCUGGAGGUGUGCAUCUCCCCCAGAGUGUGAGCAGUCUCUGCCUCAGACCAGACACCAGGAGCAGAGCCAGUGGGAGAGCGGUCGGAGAGAGGCAUCCUGUGCCCUGACGCCCAUGAUGAGGGCCCUGAUAGAGCUGGAGGAGACCAGAGCCACAGAGAGCCGGGCCCCCUGUAAGAACAGCUCCACCACCCACAGGGUCGGCAGUCAGAGGACCACGGUGGGUUUCGUGGAGCGGAGACACAAAGAGCCGAUUCAGGAGCGGGUCGGGCUUCAGGCGGACAGAGAGGCGGUUAAACCCAGAAGAGCUGUGGAAGGAGCUGAGCGAGGAGGAGGAGGAGGAGGAGGAGGAGCAAAAAGUUGCAGCGGCGCAGAAAGAGCUGCAGCUCUGUCUCCAGAAGGCCACAGAUCCUCCUCGCUGCCUCCGCCAGCACAUCGAAACGUACCCACAACUACACCCACAAAGAGAGAAACUUUACUCAUGCCCCUGUCUGCCAAGUCCAGCCCUAAACGCUGCCCCACCGAGAACUACUCCACCGCUUUUGGUCACCCGAUGCCACGGGAGGAACACCUGCUCAAACGGUGUGAUGGACAAGUUGACCAGAGACGUCAUUCAUUCCACAGCAGCAGUCCCAGGAAGAGACUCCAGUUUACGUCAGCGGACAGAGAAGAUGAGCUGCGCCAGCCGGACUCCCCCGGGACCGUGAACCCGCCUGAUGGAAGCUCCCAGCUGGGCUGGGAGGAGCAGGGAGCCUGCAGCGGGUCUGGCCCGCAGGACUCCUGCGAGGACGCGGCCCCGCUUCUCCUGGACAAGCUGCACUCACUGGCCGACGCCGAGAAACUGUUUGACGAGCUGACGCAGGAGAAACUGCAGAUUGAGGCAGCUUUGAGCCGGAUGCCUGGAGCAGGAGGUAGAGUGACUCAACAGACCAGGUUAGAUGAGGUGGCCUUAGAGAAUCGUCUGGAGAGACUGAAUCGUGAGCUGGGAUCCAUCCGCAUGACCCUGAAGAGAUUCCACGUCCUCCGCUCCUCUGCCAACAUAUAGCAAUGUCUGUCUUUUUACAUCACAGUGUAGAUGGUACAACUUAGCGUCGUAGGUUUUUUACACAGCACUGAUUGUCCUUCGGUCUCUCUCUGUGCCAUGAACCCCUCUGUACAGUGACUCCACAGCAUCCUUUUUUUAUACCUAUUAAUUAUUACUCGGGGAUAUUUUUUAUAUGUCGGAAAGAUAUCGCAAUUUUUGGAGUAUAUUUUUAGUAACACACAGAUUUGUAAGGUCGUUUACUUUUUUAGUCACGCGGAAAUCUUACUAUGAUAUGUUUUACUUUCCAUAUUCAGGUGUAGAUUUUUAAAUCAGCUGCGUUUCAUUGUAAACGUGAGCGAUUAAAAAGACUUCCCAGCAGAGACGUUCAUCCACUUGACAAGUACCACUGCCAUUUUUGUUCUUGCGUUGAUGAAAGUGUUUCAUAUUUUUCCAUUUGACAUGGCAUAAAAUGUAUUUAUUUAAUGUUUUUAUUCUUCAGAGAUCUUUGAUUUUGGCGCGUUUUAGAUGCGUUUUUCGCUUAUUUGUAGGUUUUUAAUGUUCGUUUUCGGCCAAAUUAUCGAACUUGAAGGAAAUAUUUCUUUACUUGAAUCAAAUUGCCUUUUUUCUUCGUUUCCUUUCCACUUACUGCCUGUCACUUUUUUUUCGCUUGCGUAUUCUAAAUUUGGACUGGAACAGGACUGGACCUUCUGGAUUAGAGCCACUUGUAAAAUCCAAACCAGCUCACUUUUUCAGUACACACACACACACACACACGCAUUUUCACACAGUGUCAAAUCCUCGGUCCGUUGUUUCUCCUCGAGCGAUGCUUUUGCAUGGGGUUUCUUGCACUGCUUCUUUUUGCCCCACAGUUUUCCUACAAUGACAUGGACUUCACUGGAAACUAUUAUAUUGUUGUUGCACAAUAAAUGAAGCUUCUUUUUUUAUAACUAGAAGUGUUGCUCCUCUAUUAUUCCCUUCUGUGACAGACCAGUUUAUUAUUCCUGUAGUAGAACCCAGUGGGUCUUGAGAACUGGGACAAAACAUAUCUGACACAUAAAUCAAAGGGUUUUGGUCAAAAUUUACAUAUUUAGUAUGUUUAAAACAAAAAGGAUGUUAGAUUAUAUAUAAAAUAAUUGUGAUUUAAUGUGAUUUAAAUGUAUGAACUGUUACCAAAAAAAACCAAAAACAGUAUAUGCACAUCCACAACACUUCUACAGGUGUUGGAUCAAAAACAAA